AUUUACAGUUUUAUUUUCUAUUUUGUAGCUAAUAAUGAAGCAGAAGACUGAGCUAAAGAAAGAAGUGGAAAGUUUAAAAACUGUUCUUGAAAUGAAAAAGUCUGAAAUUCAGAACUUACGAACAGAAAACCUAAAAAUGCAGAAAGAUCUGGAAGAACUACCAUUGGCUAAAGAACAAGUGGAGAAGUUAAAAGCAAGAAACGAAGAUUUACAAGCUCGAGUUGAUGAGAAAGUUGAGCUGGAACGGUUAGUUUACAAAAAUAAUAAUAGAUACACAAGUUUACCAUAUUGUAUUGUUGUCAAACAACUACAAUAAUAAUAAAAAUAAUAA